GCGCCCAGGCCCUGGGCUCUCGCUGAUCGACGGCAGGAGGAAAAGUGCGCGGUUUAAGAGUUUCAUAGAAGUUCCUGGUGCCACCUUCUGCAAUGUCAUCCCCUAAAGGAAGUCAGACUCCAAAGAAGAGGCUGUUGUCCCUUUAUACAGGAAAAGUAACCCCAGAGAUGCCACCCCCAACAGAAGACUGGCCUGUAGAUGAGGAGGAGUAUUAUGUCCUUGAGGAUAUAGGUCAGGAGCCGGACUCCCUGCCUCAGCCUUAUAGAAUGAUUAACAAGCUGGUGAACCUUCUGUUUGACCGGUCGUGGGAAAUUAUUGAAGAAAGGAACACAUCAAAGGAAACUGAGAGUCGUUGGAUCCAGCCCACCACCUACCCCCCAGUUCGAGAAAUCCAGCUCAACAAAAUAGCAAAUUGUAUGGCUGUUUCCCAAGACUAUCUGUUUAUUGGAGAAGCCAAAGGAUUCUCAAUUUAUAAUCUAUAUACUGCUAAACAAAUAUAUGUUUGGGAGAAACUUAAAGUUGAUGUCACUUCCAUCUUGGUCUCAGAUUUGGGGAGUGAAAUACUUACAGCUCUCAUAGAUGAAAUGGGUAUCAUUAGACUGCUUUAUUUUUAUAAGGAUGGUCUUUUCCUAAUCAAAGCCAUCAAUGAAGUGGAGGAUGCCAGCAAGCAAACCGCCUGUACAAAGAUGGAGAUCUCUCAAGGAGGGGACUUUGCAGCUUUCCUCCUGCAAGGAGCUGGAGAUGUUUGGCUGGAUGUGUAUAAAUUGCCCAAGGAGGCUUGGCUCAAGGAAUUGGAACACCCCCAACUCACCUUAAAUUCAAAGAAAAAAGGCAAACAACCGAACAUUCUCGAUCCUAUUGCUACAGAUAACUUAGAAAUGGAUGUAAUUUGUUUUAAAGGAGAUGUGAAGUUGAGUCCUCCAGUUUACAUAAUGAAGAUCAAACCACCUAAACCUAUUACUGGCACCACAUUUAAAAGUCCCCUGGAAGUCUUUGCAAAGAUAGAGGACUGCUAUGGGCUGGGCUCCGGGCAGAACCACUUCAUCAAGGAAAGUCAGUGGGAGCAGCAGGCAGAGAUCCUUGGGGCCUCCUGCAGGAAGCACCUGGAUGGCGCAUGGGAGGAGGAAUCCAUCAGCAUGGCCACCUUCCACUUCCUCCUUCCUAGCUGCAUCUUUGCAAUGCCAACAGAAGUCAAGAACCCCUCAGGAGUAGCCUGUGUCCUCAGCAUACACUGGAGUGGGAGUCACAAUUUUUUCCUGUAUUCACUGCAGCGAACUCUGAAGGAUAAAGCUGACCCCGAGGGCGUAUGGCCCUGUGCUGCACCCAUUGCAGUCUCUCAACUCAGCUGCUCCUCAUCUUACCUGGUGCUGGCCUGUGAGGACGGAGUGCUUACACUUUGGGACUUGGCUGAAGGAUUCCCUCUUGGGGUCAUUGCUCUUCCUGAAGGAUGUUUCUGCCAAAGUAUUCAUUUCCUAAAAUACUUCUUGGUCUACAAAGGACAGAAUAUGUAUCCUGAGGAUCUGGUUAAAUCCCAAAUGAAAUGUGUGGUGCUGUGCACAGACGCUUCCCUCCACCUGGUAGAAGCCAACGGGACCCAAGAACCCACCAUCAGCGUGCUUGUGGAGAGGCCUAUAAAGCACCCAGAGGAAGCCAUCUGUGCAGUGGCCCCAGUCCCAGCCCUACCUGGCAUGGUGCUGACCUUUUCUAAGAAUGGCUCUGUGUGCCUCAUGGAUGUGGCCAAGUCUGCAGUCAUCUGUGCCUUUGCUCCCCCCAGACCCUCCUAUCUGGAGGUCCCUUGGAAGCCGAUGUUUGUGGUAUCUUCACACCACCCAUGUUUCCUGCUCCGAGAUGACUGUCCUCAUGAAACUGGAUCCACCAAUGAUGCUGGAAUCCAAAAUUCUAUUUUCUAUUUUAAUUUUGAGGCUUACCCCCUCCUGGAAAAAAUCUCAAAAAAUUGUACCAUUCCUCAAAGGAACUUGAUGGAUAAUAUGGCCUUCCCCCAGGCAUUACCAUUGGAGACAAGAUGUGAGCGUUUCCUCCAGAAGAGCUUUCAGCAGCUGGAGAAGAACCAGGUGAAGGAGCAGGAUCACUGGAGCCGGCUUCGGAGGUACUCCUUGCUUCUCCAGAGGGAGAACUUCAAGAAGUGAGGCUGCCACCACCCUGGGGCUCUCUGAAAAGGUUUUAGCCAUUAGGCAGCUGCUCCCCCGGAUGCCCGGCAGCCAAGAGACACACAAAGGGCCACAGUUCAAGGGGCCCAGACUUGCAGUAUGGAACCUGUGCAGAGCCAGCAAGAGAGGACCUUCAACCCUUGCUUCACCCUUCCCCAAGGGAAGGACCUUGGGGAACCUUCAACCACUAAGUCACUUGUCAGCGCUCUCAGGUGGGUCUGUGUACCACCCAAAUAAAGUGACUCUGCUCCCUGACUCCCAAGUUGCUGUAGUGUGUAACCCAUUGUCUCCACGCAGCCCAGACCCCAGCAGGGCCCGCAGAGCCACUGUCCUCAAUCAAGCCAGAUGCCCAGCCCAACAGCAGCGUGACUGCUGUGCUCGCCACUCAUGCCUCCGUCUCUCUGCUGGGGUGGUGGGAUUGUAGCCUGAGGCCACAGCAAUGAGGCAGGGUUGGGGGUGCAGUGGCAGACAAGACUGGGUGGCUGCUGGCCUGAGAGCACCAGCAGAGGCUGGGAUGCCCAAGGCCAAGGAGAAGGCAGAGCAACCCCAGCAGCUCCAAGGACAUGUCUAUUCCCAAGGACAUCGUGUGACUCCUCUCAGAGGACUGGGGACUUAACUUCCCAGACUCCAGGGUGACAAGCUGCUCGGGAAGGCAGACUACAGGGUUUACAGCAGCUGCUGCUUUUGUUUCCCCACUUUCCUCCUCCCCUAGGCCACACACACUCCUCAUUGGACAAUACCUCCCUCAUGGCACUGAUACUAUCUGGACGUCUCUUGGGAUGAAGGGGUCCCUACUUCAGACACUCUGCCUGCUCCCCAUGCCACCGUGGGAAUGGGCAUACAGUGGCAUUCUUUUCCUCUAUGCAGCAGGCAUCGUGAAGCUCCUUUGAGAUUAAGGAGGAGAAUUUGACACGAGGAGCUUGGCCUUAUACACAAACAACAUCUGUACGUGGUUUGUGUAUUUUACUUUAAAGCAACGAUGUUAUCAUUGUCCCCAUUUUACAGGGAGGGUAGAUUGAAGCCCAGGCCAUGCAACUGAGAACUGCCUGCAUCAUGUCCUGACAGGCUUUUCAGCAGCAGCUGCCUACACCCAACUCAAACUACCUUUAGCAAAAAGAGGACUUGUUGGCUCAGACAACUUAGACAUCCAGGAGCAAUGCUGGCUCCCGCCCAGGUCUGCUUCCAUCUCCCAGUUCUAAUCCCCUUUCAGGCAGACCCUGUGCUGGAACAUAGUAACUGUCCUUCGUCAAUGGUCCCAGCAAAGCCUGGGCCUACUCCUCACUGGCCUGAGUGAUGUGGUCUUGUUCCUAAUGGUGUAGGGCUAUGCCUAUCCCUGGAAAGGGUGAGGGUCACACUCCCAACUGAGGAUAGAUGAGAGAAGAGCCAUCUGAGGGAAGGAGAGUGACAGACCGGGGAGGUAAGAAGCCGGGAGAGGUGCUGAGCAGGCACAGACAACAGAGGCCACACGCCAGCUCCCUCUGGACAGAGCCGGCAUGGAGAACCCAGCUCCACUUUUACAAAGUCACGUGCUGCCAGCACCAGGCCACCAUGUCAUUUCUUAAAGUGUGAGGAAGGAGCAAGGGGGAAGACAGGUACUGAGGCAUCGCAAGGAGAAAGGAGGCUCUGGCAGCAUCAGCAUGAGACUGGGGUUCCCAACUAGGAGGCUGGGCUUUCCAGGCUCUAGCCACCUGGGGCCAGUGCACCACCAGGCUGAGCAGGCCAUGCCAGUGGCCCCAAAAGAGGUCCUUGCCCCUUGGGUGCUAGAGCUCUUUGGAAACAUCAAGAAUCUUCUAUCUUGCCAGGUGCAGUGGCUCACACCUGUAAUCCUAGCACUCUGGGAGGCUGAGACAGGUGGAUUGCCCUGAGCUCACAGGCUGGAGACCAGCCUGAGCAAGGGUGAGACCCAUCUCUAAAAAUAGCCAGGCAUUGUGACAGGUGCCUAUAGUCCCAGCUACUUGAGAGGCUGAGGCAAGAGAAUCACUUGAGCCCAAGAGUCUGAGGGUGCUACGAGCUAUGACGCCACAGCACUCUACCAAGGAUGACAAAGUGAGACUCUGUCUCCAAAAAAAAAAAAAAAACUUCUGUCUUCUUGGGGGAAUGUUGGGACUAUGGCAAGGCAUCU